CCCAGCGACAGGACCCGAGGAUGUCCAGACAGACUGCCUGACUCCUCAGUCUGCUCCCGACAUUUGACGCGAGCGCACGUAUCGACCGCUCUCUUUUUAAACCACGUCGAACACAAUGCCGCGUUUAUUCAACAUGAACUGAGUGCUCCGUGGAAUCUAUUUUUUUUGCUAAUUGCUAACGAACCGGAGCACAAUGCCUCUCCAAAUACGAAGGAACCGUUGCUUGGCGUUCCUACGGGGGAACCUUCUGACCCUCCUGACCAUCAUUGGCGUUGUCUCCGGCACUCUCCUUGGCUGGAGUCUGCGUGCGACUGGUCACGAAUGGUCUCGUCGCGAAGUCAUGUACUUCCAGUACCCUGGAGAACUCUUUCUAAGGAUGCUCAAGUGUCUCAUCGUGCCACUACUGGUAUCAUCUAUUGUUUCCGCCAUCGCUUCGCUGGACCUCAGUCUUUCUGGCAAGGUGGGUCUUCGAGCUAUUGUGUACUACAUGACGACAACGGUAUGCGCUGUUAUGCUCGGCAUUGUUCUGGUCACCACCAUCAAGCCUGGCAAGGAUCCUGACUACAAACAACCGAAUGUCACUAAAGUGAUCAAAAAGGAGACGCUCACUACUGACACGUUGCUCGAUUUGAUCAGAAAUGUGUUCCCAGAAAACCUCGUGCAAGCUACAGUUGCAACGUAUCGCUCCAAGCUUACUUUCGACAAAAAUGAUACGAAGGCCAUCAAAGGUCACCUGGAGACGUACAAGAUCGAAGGCGAAUACCAAACUGGCAGUAAUGUCCUGGGUUUGGUAUGUUUUAGCAUUGUUUUGGGAAUCACGCUCGGAAAGAUGGGUGAGAAGAGUCGACCGCUGCAGAACUUUUUUCACUCCUUGUCAGAAGCCAUGAUGAUCAUCACCAGUUGGGUUAUUUGGAUGUCCCCGCUGGGUGUAUUUUUCCUGGUAACAGCAAAGAUUAUGGAAAUUGAUUCGUUCCAAGAACUGAUAGGGCGACUAGGCCUCUACUUCAUGACCGUAUUGUUGGGAUUGUUCUUACACGGCUUUGGAACUUUGAGUGUUCUUUUCAUAUUGACUACUAAGAAGCUGCCGUGCCGGUAUAUCGCGAAGAUGGGACAAGUUAUGGCUACUGCCUUUGGUACUGCUUCCAGCUCAGCUACGAUGCCGAUAACGAUAGGCUGCUGCGACGAAAUGGGUCUAGAUCCUCGUAUCACGCGCUUUGUAAUUCCCAUCGGGGCUACUAUAAACAUGGAUGGAACGGCUCUUUAUGAAGCAGUGGCGGCUAUCUUUAUUGCGCAACUGAGAAAGGUUGAAAUGUCUUUCGGAAAAAUUGUGGCUGUAAGCGUAACGGCAACAGCGGCGAGUAUAGGUGCGGCUGGCAUUCCACAGGCGGGUCUGGUAACAAUGGUAAUGGUGCUUGAUACGGUUAAUCUCCCCGCUGAGGACGUCUCACUAAUCCUGGCGGUUGAUUGGUUACUUGAUCGCUUCCGUACAACUAUCAAUGUGGUUUGCGAUGCGCUGGGCGCCAUCAUAGUGACGUCACUGUCGCAGAAUGACAUCGACAAGACGCGCGCAGUUCAAAAUGAGCUCGAACACGCACCCGCGCAUGAACUUGCUGAACUAGAGAAGGGCGAUCAUUGAAUAACGUUAAUUUUAUAAACGUUAUUACGGUAUUUUGUGUUCAUAAUAACGCAACGGAAUUGUAGUGUGGAAGAAUUUUUGUUUUUGCGUGUAGUUACUUGCAAAUAGUAAAAAAAAAUAGAAACUUAUGUUCGGAAUGUUAAACUGAUUUGAAAGUAUUGUGCUUACUAUCACGUUUAGAAAACAGUUAUAUCUAGUUAUAUUUAAAUGCCUCUUGGUAAAAUUAUGUACCUACCUACAUGUCAGUUUGAUUUCUUGCUAUUUGGAAAUAAAAAUGUAGGUUGCAUUAUUUUUUAAAUGAAAAAAGUAGUAGUAAGUUGUAAGCUAAUUUUGACUUAAACUAAUCUAAUGAUACAUGAUUGAUAAUAUUAGCCGUUCUAAAUUUUCCACACUACAUUUUAUUAAACGACAGGUAGCAAAGCAUAUCGAGCGAAUGACGUUAUUUCGCGCAAAGACAAUAACGUGUUAAUGCAAUAGUGUCAUUGUGAUUUCUCAAAGAUGUUCGUUAGUUAUUGUAGGUUUUGUUAUGUCGUUUCGACAAUAAUCAUAUCAUCAUUAAUCUUUUGACAGAGUAAUCACAAUUUAAGAUUUUGAUGAAAUUUGCUGAUAUUUCGGAAGUAUAUACAAAAUGUUUUUUAUUACCAUAAAUUUAUGAUUAAACCGGUUUUAAGUAAAAAUCGUACUUUUUGAGUGCCAAAAAAGUAAAAGUUUGUAUUGUCUCUUCGACAUGAAAACUUUUUAGAAUUAAAUUUUAAAUGUAUUCAAUGUGCCAAAAACUCGUAUAUUUAUUCAUACAUAGAUAUUUGUGGUAAAUGUUAUAAAUGUUAGAGCUUAAAGUAUGACAGUGUGUUCUCAAUGUGCCAUUACUAAAAAGUAACCGUGCAGCUUAGGAUGAGCCUACAGAUAAUGUUCAUUCUACUGUACUUAAAGCUUUUCAUAUUAGUAACGCACGAGUUAGGGCGCUUUCACAUUAGACGCUUAUAGAAGUGCUGCAGUUUCGGCAGUUUCGCGUCAGUGGUGCGGCAGCCGCGCUUCUAAAUAUAGUAUAAAAGUUAGUAGUGACGUUUAAUUUGAAGGCGCCCUUACUGCUUGUCAAGCAGUCCUAAAUUCAAUAAUAUCACCUUUGUAUUCGAUGUAUUAUUAUUGGUCAUAAAAAGCCAUAAAAUAAUAUUGACAACAUUAAUUCCUUCAUUUUCCCAGUAACAGUUUCAAAUGUAGCUUCAUAUUUAUUCAAGAUGUACUCGCUAUCUUCUUUUUACUCACUAUGACGCUUGCCAUCGUGGUAAAAGGAUUUGCCAAGGUACUCGCAGAUUGUUGCUCAGGGAGCACAAGACGUACAGAAAAAGAAUGGUACGACGUGACGGGAGGCUCCUUUCGUGCAUCCCGUGCUGUCUGUGUUUCCAGGUUCAUUAAUUUCAAAACUUAAAGCAAUCGUUUUUUAUACUUAUAAGUUAUGAUUUUUGUUAAUUGCUUCUACCAUCAUGAUUGGUAAAAUAUAUUUCUUAAUCGUGUAAAUUCCUACUUGAAUGCAUUGAUUUCACAAUUUUAAAAAAUGUUCUACGUCACACAUACUAUUUGGACGAAUUUUCUCUAACUAUUUUUGUAUGGAUGUAUUAUUGAGUAGUAGAUGUUCGUUCAAUAUAUACAUACGUAAUUUUGUGUAUUAGUAUAUAUGCCAUUACCUAAUGGUUUUAUAUAUGUAGAGAAAUGUAGUGUAACUUUGAAUGUUAUUUGAACCGUUGCAUUCCAGUUGUUAGAGUGAUUUCAUUGAACACUUGUACGUGUUUGAAAUUGUUAUUGUACGCAGAGCCGCGCACUAAAGUAUACAAUCUGCUAUUUUUCUAUAUGUAUUGUAAAUUUAAACUCUGCGUGUACUACGUAUGGUUCAAUUUUCAAAGCAUUAACGGUUUGUAUACGUUAACGUGUGGCGUUACGUGUAUAAAUUCUUUUAAAGGAAGUGUCUGUUCGAUCGUUGCAAACGAUUUAAAAAUAUCUUUAGUAAGUUAUUUCGCAAAGUGAGAUCUUGAGUGCGUUAAUUUUAAUACAGUUCUAGUUAAUUUCAAAACAGAUGUUUGGCUAGCUCAUUGAUUGGUCAAAUGAUGUUUUUACGGUAAGUAGGGUAAGUAAAUGUUAGGCCUAACAUUUCGAUGGAUAUUCUCAUCUUGAUAAGAGAUUUUAAUAUUUAUAAAGGAUUUAAUAAAGAUUUAUAAUAAUGUAUUCGUGUUUAUGUAGGAGUAAUAUUUAUAAUAGCUCUAGUCCGCAUGAUAUUUUUGGUGUAGUUGGCUCAGUUUUAGUUUAGUAGAGCAACAGGUUCGAACGGUUUGAAUGUUUACAAACUCAGCAGACAAAUUUGGAAGUGAAAAUUGACAAUAUUGAUUCUGUAGGUACCUAGGAUCCUACAAAGUCCAUCUUCCGCAGCCAAACAAUAGCUGCUCUACUUUAUGUAACCUGAAAAGAUAUAGUAUAAGAUUUAACAUUUCUCUGGCCAAAUGAACCAAAAAACAGACCAAGCGCAAUAUGAAAAAAAAUCUAUUUGUAAUUUCUUCAUGAAUGGUUAUAGUUGGAUGUUAAUUAUUUUAAUAAAGACUUACUGUGUCGACGUGUUUCAUUCUUAUU